AUGGAGGGAAUAUCCGAAAAGGAUAUCCUCCAUGAGAUACCAGUGACGGAGCUCAUCAAGAUCGACGCAACGAUAGCGCCGGUCGAGAGACUGAAAUCAUUGACGAAAACCCUAAAUGAGAAUAACCCAGAUUACACAAACAAAAAUUGGCUUACGACAAGAAGCCAAGUGAGAAAGAACAUUACCGCAGCAAAGGUCAGGCUGCAACAGAUGUUAGAUUUAGGAUCAGAAGAACUGAAUCUAUACACGGAAAAACUAAAAGAAGUGUACUCGAGAGCAGCACGAGAAAUUUGGAAAGAAACGGCAUACACAUGUGUGAUCCGGAGAAAAUUGCAAGAUGCCGAUGCGGUAGCGGAAGAUGAGAAGAACCGAAGAGCGGUCUACACAAAACAGGAGAAUGUUUUGGUGGACGUGCAAAGGUUUCUAGAAGCGACAAAGAACCGCAUACCGAUUCUAUACAAAGAUUUUGAUCUCAAGGAAACGGAGAAAGAAAAAGAUGCCAGAACCAGAGACAGGAUGGAGGAAGAACUGGUAACUAUGAGAGCAAAAGUUGAUGAAUUAAACCGGACCCUUGGAACCGUCGCAGCACAAAGCACUCCGUUGAGACAGAAUCCAACCCCGAACCGUACUGAGGAACACGGGGGAACGAGAAGAAAGCAAAAACAAAGGGUAGCGGAAUCCGAUAGUGACUCGGAGGGAGAAAGAAGAGCGAACAGGAAUCCGCAACCAGCAGAAUCAUCAAUGUCGAUGGCCACGUUGGUCCAGGCGCUGGCUGGAGAAAACGCAAACAUGGCAGCUAGAGAAAAGCUACCCGUGUUUGACGGAACCGUAGCCAAUUGGGACUCGUUUUGGCAACAGUUCACGGCACUGGUCGACAACAAUCCCACCAUCCCGACUAUCAUAAAAUUCAAUCGACUCUCACUAUCAUUAAAGGGACCACCGCUAAGGGCUUUGCAAAAGUUCCGCUUCGAAGAAUCGUCGUACGAACUUGUAAAGAAGGCAUUGGUCACAAGGUUUGGAAAGCCAAGAAAAGUGGUGAUCGAAAUGGCACGUCAAGUGAAGGACCACCCCCAGGUAAGCGAACAAGAUCUGGGGCAAUUACAAGGAUUUGUGGACUUGGCCGGCCAAAUGUUCUACCUCAUGCGGGACUACGAGCCGCAAUCGGUAAAGUAUUCGAUGACGAGUACGAUGAUGAUCGAGGACAAGCUAUCGCAAAGAUGCUUGUUGGAAUGGGACACUUGGUGCGACAGGUACGAGGAUCGGAGCGGAGAACCGGUUCCCGAGAAGAAACGAUUCGAACUCUUGAUAGAGUUCCUCGGAAAGUAUGUGGAAAGGUUCCGCGACACGUUGACAACAAACCCGAGUAUUGUCAAACAACAAAAGAGUCGGACCGAAGCGAACAAAUCGGGGGAGAAUCGGGAGAAUCGAGAGAAUGGGGGAGGGAAACCAAAAACCUCCUUGGAAAAUUUUCUGACAGUCCCAGAAGCAGCCGAACAAGCCAGGAAACGUGAAGAGCCGACAAAAUAUAAACCAAAGUGUAUAUUCUGUGCGGCUGAGCAUUCCAGUACACGGUGCAAGGAGAAACCAACACCGGAAAAGGCAUGCGCCAUCGCGAGGAAAGCGGGGGUGUGCAUGAACUGCCUAAGGGACAACCACAAGACCAAGGAAUGUAGGAGCGAGAAGUGUGGAGUGGAUAAAUGCACGUUUCCGCACCACAAAAGCCUACAUAUCAAGAAUUACAAAAAGAAACCCAAAAAGGCGAAGCCAGAGGAAAGGGUGGAUAAACCGCAAUGA